AUGACGAAUCCUCAAGAUAUUGCAAAUACAGUCAAGACUGCUUUGAACAUUUCCGGUUCACCAAACGCUGUCUCGACUUCCCCAACUCAAUCUUAUUUGAGCCAGUACGUCCCUUCCAAGCCUACCAAGGUGUUGAAACCAUUUUCUACCGGUGACAUCAAAAUACUAUUGUUGGAGAAUGUGAACCAAACUGCCAUCAACAUUUUUAAAGGACAGGGGUACCAAGUUGAAUUUUACAAAUCCUCAUUACCAGAAGAAGAAUUGUUGGAGAAAAUCAAGGAUGUUCAUGCCAUUGGUAUUAGAUCAAAAACCAAAUUGACUGAAAAAAUCUUGAAACAUGCCAAAAAUCUAGUGGUUAUUGGAUGCUUCUGUAUUGGUACCAACCAAGUUGAUUUGGAUUUCGCUGCCAAAUCCGGUGUUGCUGUUUUCAAUUCUCCAUUUUCCAACUCAAGAUCAGUUGCUGAGUUGGUAAUUGCUGAAAUCAUCACCUUGGCAAGACAAUUGGGAGACAGAUCAAUUGAAAUGCACACUGGAACAUGGAACAAAGUCAGUGCCAAAUGUUGGGAAAUCAGAGGUAAGACCUUGGGUAUUGUGGGUUAUGGUCAUAUUGGAUCACAGUUGUCGGUCUUGGCCGAAGCCAUGGGUAUGAAUGUUAUCUACUACGAUACCUUGACAAUUAUGUCGUUGGGUAAUUCUAAACAAGUGGCAACUUUGGAUGAAUUAUUGCAAAGAGCUGACUUUGUCACUUUGCAUGUUCCGGCCACUGCCGAAACCAAAAAUUUGUUGAGUGCACCACAGUUUGCUGCCAUGAAGGAUGGUGCAUACGUAAUCAAUGCAUCUAGAGGAACAGUUGUGGAUAUUCCAGCAUUGGUGCAAGCCAUGCAAGCCGGAAAGAUUGCUGGUGCUGCAUUGGAUGUUUAUCCACAUGAGCCCGCCAAGAAUGGUGAAGGUUUGUUCAGCGAUGAGUUGAAUGACUUUGCUAGUCAAUUGACCUCCUUGAGAAACGUUAUUUUGACUCCACACAUUGGUGGAUCAACUGAAGAAGCACAAUCUGCCAUUGGUGUAGAGGUUGCGAAUGCAUUGACCAAGUAUAUCAAUGAAGGUACUUCACAAAGUGCAGUCAAUUUCCCAGAAGUCUCAUUGAGACCUUUGGAUUUGGACCAACAGAACGUCGUCAGAGUAUUAUACAUUCACCACAAUGUUCCAGGUGUUUUGAAAACCGUCAACAAUAUCUUGUCAAAUCACAAUAUCGAGAAGCAAUUCAGUGAUUCGCAAGGAGAUAUUGCCUACUUGAUGGCAGAUAUUUCGGACGUUGAUAUCAGCGAUAUCAAGGCGUUGUAUGAACAGCUAGAACAAACACCAUACAAGAUUGCCACUCGUUUAUUGUAUUGA